CCGUCGUCUUUUUUGAGUUAUAUCACUCUUUUGUUUCAGUUUCACACAGGAUCUUACAAGUACAAACAAAUCUCUCCCUACAAAGAACCCUUACUAAACCUCAAUACAAAAUCUUGAUUCUUGAUCGACCCAGUUAUAGAUCAAUACAGAUCUCAAUCACAAUUCACAUUGCUUCUCUUUGCAAAUUCUCCCAACCCCACAAAUCUCGAUCAUGUCUGCUCCAAAACCCCCUUCUAGAUUCAUAUAUCUUGCAAUACUUCUUCUUCUUUCAUUCAGUUUUUUUAUUAGUGUGUCUGCCAGUGAAGAAUCUGAUGACAUUGAGGAACUUAUAGCAUUAGACGAAGCAGAAGAAGAAAGCGGCGGUGGAACCCAUCACCCUAAACCGUCAUCUGAGGCGGAGGUGUUGACUAAGGCCCAACGAAUAGUUCUUGAACUCAAUAAUGAUAAUACUCAAAGGGCUAUUGAUGGAAAUGAGUACGUUUUGGUUCUGGGUUAUGCUCCAUGGUGUGUAAGAAGUGCUGAACUCAUGCCUAGGUUUGCGGAAGCUGCUAGUUCUUUAAAUGAAUUAAAGAGCCCUGUUUUAAUGGCGAAAAUUGAUGCUGAGAGGUACCCGAAAGUAGCUUCGAAUCUUGAGAUCAAAGGGUAUCCGACUUUGCUUCUCUUCGUCAAUGGCACCUCUCAACCUUACACUGGUGGAUUUUCCACGGAAGAAAUUGUGAUCUGGGUUAGGAAGAAGACGGGUACGCCCAUUAUCAGAAUCAACUCCAUCGAUGAAGCAAACGAAUUUGUUAAGAAACAUUCAAUAUUUGCAGCUGCUUUAUUCAAUAAAUUCGAGGGAUCAGAUCAUGAUGAAUUUGUAAAAGCGGCAACUACUGAUAACGAUAUACAAUUUGUCGAGACAAACAGCCACCAAAUUGCCAAUAUUUUAUAUCCAGAUCUUAAAUCUGAUAAUCUGUUUCUCGGAAUUGUUAAAAGUGAACCAGAAAGAUACACUUCAUAUGAAGGUGAUUUCAAGAAGGACAAGAUUCUGCAAUUUUUGAAUGAUAAUAAGUUCCCAUUGGUCACAUUUUUAUCAGAAUUAAAUUCUGUCAAAGUUUACUCCAGCGAUAAACUACAGGUUUAUGUCUUUGCAGAAGCUGAUGAAUUCAAGAAAUUACUAGAGCCAUUUCAAGAUGCUGCAAGGAAGUUCAAAUCAAAGAUAAUGUUUGUGUUUGUAGACAUCAAAGACGAAAAUCUUGCAAAACCGUUUUUAACUUUAUUUGGGCUCGAAGAUUCAGAAGACACUCUUGUAACGGCUUUUGAUUACAAAACUGGUGCCAAGUAUUUGUUAGAGUCGGAUCCAACACCCGCAAAAAUAGAAGAGUUUUGCUCAGAGCUUUUUAAGGGUAUUCUGCCUCCGUUUUACAAGUCCCAAGCAAUACCAGAUAAUAAAGAUGCAGACAUUCUUACAGUUGUUGGAAAGACAUUUGAAGAAUUGGUUUUAAGCAGCUCCAAGAACAUCAUUCUAGAGAUACACACACCAUGGUGUUUGACCUGUGAAACUACAAGCAAGCAAGUGGAGAAACUGGCAAAACACUUUAAGGGAUUAGAGAAUCUUGUUUUUGCAAAGAUAGAUGCCUCUGUAAAUGAACAUCCAAAAUUGCAAAUAGAUGAUUAUCCAACACUGUUGUUUUACCCAGGGGCAAAUAAGUCAAAACCCAUGAAGCUGCCUACAAAGUCUAGUGUGAAAGAUUUGGCGAUAUUGAUUAACAAAUAUCUAAAAGAAGAGGCACGUGAUGAGCAGCAUGUGGUGAAAGAUGAGCUUUAAAAUAUGAUUAGGAUGAGAUUGUAGAGUGUUUGAAGGGUAAAAAGGUAAAAUUCCUAAAAACCCCGGAAAUGGGGGAGGGAGGAUUUAGUGAAAUUAUCGGAUAUUGACAGUCACACAUGUAUAAUUUUUUUUAUAAAUUGUUUUUUAGUGUGAACA